GUGUAUCUAUGGGAAUCCACCAGGAGCGACACAAACACACACCGACCGCAGGCGAAGAAGUCUCCGUGGCACUACAAACAAGUGCGUUACGUUACUUUAAAAAAAGAAUCAUGUUGAGUAGCCUGUUUUUAUUCGCGACCUGACAACUUAAGUCUGCUGCCUACUAAAUAGUCUCGGUUAUAUUAUAUGAUAGUGGUUUAUGAGCCUUGUAGCCGUGCAGUAACGCACUGAAUGGCGAAGAGAAGCGCGAGACGCGACUCCAGCAGCCCAACAAGAUGAUGCGACGUCACUGCGUUUAUGGUCAAAUCUGCGGCUAAAUAAACGUGUAACGCUACUACUGAAUAAAACACUAUAGGGGCGAUAUUGACAUACCUCUAACUGAAUACGACUAACGUUAGUUAGCAGGCCAGCUGGGUUUAAAUCGGCUGAAACCGAAAGGGGGUUGUUAUUGUUGUUAGCUGGGCCAGAUCGUCACGUUGCUUUACCCCGGCUUACUUUAAGAUCGGACAGCUUUUAACAGACACAAUGGCAACGGGCUCCAGUUUCCAUCCCGGAGGGAGUGGGUCUAGAAACGGGCCAUCGUUCGCUUCACCGUCGUCUUCCUCGUCCGGAGUCCCGGGGCAGGCUCAGCCGAUGGCGGUGGUUUGGGAAUGGCAGGAUGACCAGGGCUUCUGGAGGCCCUACACCGGACAGGUGAGCAGCUACAUCGAGCAGUGUCUCCAGCAGCAGAGAGGAGCCGGGCCCAGCAGCAGCAUCUGCCUAGCACAGGUGGACCCCAGCCUGUCUGCGUACAUCAUCGACAUCCCCAACCUCAAACAGUUCAGACAGGACACGGGAAAGGUGCGUGCUGUGCGGCGAUCCCUGUUCCCGCAGUCCUCUGCCCUGGGCAGUGGGGUUCUUUGGGAGUGGGCCAAUGAUGAAGGAGGGUGGACGGCGUAUGAGAUCCGGACCUCCAUUAUGCUGGAGCACAGCUAUCAGGCAGGGCAGGCCACGGCUGACCUGAGCCCACACGGCUACAACUACAUUGUGGACCUCACUGCUCUACAGCAAGUCAACAAGGCCACCAGCUACAGACGGCAGGUCAGGCGGCAAGUCAGCGUGCCGUAUCCUCUAGCCUCCGGUUCGGUCAUUCACUCGGGCCCGGCCUGUUCCUGUCACCAAUGUUUGAGCAAUAGCAGCGCCGCCGGACCCAUGCUGAGCAGGUCACGGCAUUCCUUCACCGCGGGGCAGGCCAACCGGCCCAGCCUCCAGACCCAGAGCCAACAGGGACGACUUCCUGGAACCAGCUCUUCUUCAGCCUACUCGCCGUACCCCAGGAGACCUCUCUCGAUGGGAAGCUUGUUGUGGAACGGCCCGUGGAGCACCCCCACCUCUGUGGCUCAUACUUCAGGACCACCACAGGCUUUCGGUCACCAUGCAAAUGGCUUAAGCAUCCCAACCAUCCCUCUACACAUGAACGGAUCCAGUAGUGUGAACUCUGCACUGGCAGGCAUGGCUUCCAUUUUGAUGUCAGCUGCAGGACUGGGAGUUCGUUUCUUGACCGCCCCCUUCUCCCAGAGUGGCUCCAGCAGGCACACCAAUGGCCAGCCCAGCUCCAUUAAGAGGCCAAAGAGACAGUCCCGGACAGCACCAGCUCAGAAACCAGAAGAUGUCAUUAAGAAAUACAUGGAGGAAGUGCCUGUGGUCCCAGAUGAGGACUGUAUUAUCUGUAUGGAGCGCCUGUCCUGCCCGUCUGGUUAUGAGGUCCCAGCUGAGUGCUCUCAGUCUCUUCAGCCCAACACUGUGGGCAAACUCUCAAAAUGUGGUCACACUUUCCACAUGCUCUGCAUGCUGGCUAUGUACAACAAUGGAACCAAGGAUGGGAGUCUUCAGUGUCCCUCAUGUAAGACAAUCUACGGAGAGAAGACCGGCAUCCAACCAAAGGGCAAGAUGGAGAUUUACAGUAUCCCUCAGUCUUUACCUGGACAUCCAGACUGCGGCACGAUACAAAUCAUUUACAACAUCCCGCCCGGAAUACAGGGUCCUGAGCACCCAAACCCGGGGCAGCCGUAUACGUGCAGAGGAUUCCCUCGCUUCUGUUUCCUUCCUGACAAUGACAAAGGAAGAAAGGUGCUGGAGCUGCUGAAAGUGGCGUGGACACGCCGCCUCAUCUUCACCGUGGGCACUUCCAGCACCACAGGGGAGCCGGACACCGUCAUCUGGAACGAGAUCCACCACAAGACUGAGAUGAUGUCCAACGUCUCCGGCCACGGAUACCCCGACCCCAACUACCUGGACAAUGUGCUCUCAGAACUGGCAUCACAGGGCGUGACGGAGGACUGCCUGAAAUGAGACCCUCAGUGCCGGGUGCUCAAGGUUCAGCCAUGUGUGUCCCAUCUACUGUAGAGCGAAUAAAACUUGAUGAAAAGGAAAACUAGAGUUACGCUGUCGGUUGGAUGUAUGCGAGUGUAGUUGAACGCAGCGUUCCUCAUCCAUUUCCACUCUUCGGCUGAGUCUAGAAUAUUAACGCACAUGUAGGGUCACUGGCUUCAUGGUCAUCUUUACUUUUUCCGUAUUGUAAGGCAGCUACAGAUGGUUCUGUGGGAAUGGCUCAGUUUAAUGUUUAUUAUUAAAUUGGUGCCCAAAUCUCGUGCCAGGAGGAAACUCGCCAAUGUAGGCAUCCAUCUCAACACAUGAUUCAUCAUGGGGCUAUGAAGUCUUUCCUGACAUACUACAUUACAGUAGAGCAUCUGCGAUUAUUAUCAAUUUACUAUUGCUGGGAAUCAAGCAGACAUGAUUUCUUUAAAAGCAGUAUGAAAACAGUAAAAAUUGCACAUCAAUGCAAGUCAUAAAUCGUUACUAGUACUUUGAAACGUACUGCUACAGAAAUGAAAGGCACUUUUACAGAAUUUGCAGUUGUUGGUUGAUUUUUGUUUUGGUGAUUGUGUUCAUUUGCUGCUAUUACUUUCCUUGGUUUGUUUUUUUUGUUCAAUCAUUAGGGACUUACAUUAGGGAAAGUCCAUCCAGAAAUGUAAAUUGGGUCAUAAUUUACUCUCACACAUGUUGUUCUAAACUUGUAUGAUUUGCCUUUUACUAAGAAAGGAAAAAGAGGGGUUUUUAACCAAAUAGUUUCUGUUACCAUUGACUUACAGGACAAUGUAACAAUGUAAUUUAUUUUGGUUUCCAGCAUUCUACAAAAUGUCUUUUAUGUUCCACAGAAGAAAGAAGUUUGGAACGGCAUCGAGUGAUGGCAGAAUUUUAAUUUUUGCGCGAACUGACACUUUGAUUUUUGAAUUCCACGCAAUCCGUUUCUAUUGCAAUGAGCCCCAUUUUCUUUUGAAUGUACGUGAAUGUUAUCUAUUUAAAAAAGCAAGACUUUCAACAGCGUAGCAUCAGUACUUAAUGUUUUUUUUUUUUUCCUUUUCUUUUUUUAUUCAAUGCCUAUUUAAUUGUAGUCCAGAUCCUGAAAAUAGGUGUAGAAAUGCAAUUCCACAGCGUUAUCAUUGAGU